AUGAGUAAUAAAAAAGCAUUGGAGUGCACAAGCAAAAAAAAAGUUAGCGCAGAACAGGAUGGAAGUGUAUGGGAUGAGAAAUGUAAACAGAAGAAGAAAAAAGAAAAAGUUGAAGAUGAUGUCCUAUGUUUAUAUAAGCUAAAUACAAAGCCUAUUUUGAAUAGAUGCGAACACGUUAGAUUUUUGAAGAACUCUUUGACUCAUCUAAGUGGAUCCUAUGAGGGCUUAGAUUGCAGCAGGCCAUGGUUAUGUUAUUGGAUCCUUCAUUCUCUCCAAAUCUUAGACGAACGAUUGGACGACCAGAGUUACGUGAACAUUAUCAAAUUUUUGGCUAAAUGUCAAGCGCCACAUGGAGGAUUUGGAGGCGGACAGCAUCAGUUUCCUCAUCUCGCUUCGACGUACGCAGCUGUAAACGCACUCUGCAUAAUUGGGACGAAGGAAGCUUAUCGAGUCAUACAUAGGAGAGAACUUGCUCGUUUCCUUACAUCCUUGCUUCGCAAAGAUGGCAGUUUCAGUAUGCAUUCUGGCGGUGAAGCAGACAUAAGAGGAGUAUACUGUGCUGUAGCGGUUGCAAAACUAACAAAUAUCUUUACACCUGAAAUGUUUGGCGAGACAGAAAAAUGGAUACAGAAAUGCCAAACGUGGGAAGGUGGAUUUGGUGGAUGUCCUGGCAUGGAGGCACAUGGAGGAUAUGCGUUUUGCGGAUUAGCUUCACUGGUUUUAUUAGGAAAAACUGAUGCUUGUGAUUUGCCCUCGUUACUUCAAUGGAUUGUGAAGAAGCAAAUGCAAUUAGAGGGUGGAUUUCAAGGUAGGACCAAUAAAUUAGUGGAUGGAUGUUACUCUUUUUGGCAAGGAGGUGCCUUUCCAUUAAUACAUGCAAUCUUUGCGAAGCAAAACAAAAUAUGUGAGCCAAAGGUUUGGCUAUUUGACCAAGCAGCACUGCAGGAAUAUUUAUUAGUUUGUUGUCAGCAUACCCAUGGAGGAUUUUUAGAUAAGCCGGGAAAAAGUCGUGAUGUAUACCAUACGUGUUAUGAUUUGAGUGGACUCUCUAUCGCACAAAAUUCACCACUUCCAUUGAUAAUUGGGCCAGACUACAUCAAUUCCGUUGAACCGAUACAUCCACUAUACAAUUUAGCGAUAUCGUCGGCCCAGGAAGGAUUAACGUAUUUUGGAUCACUGCCGCUUCCUGAUUUCAUUCUUGGAUAAAGACUCUCGAUGAGUUACGAAGAUUAUAACCUUAAACCUGUAGCGGGAAAUCACUAAGCUAACACUCUAUUAAAAUUCCUCCCUCAUUUUGAAUUUUUUAAGACUAUUGAAAUGGUAAAGAAUGUUUGUGUUAUACUUUAAACUGCAUUCUAUCGACUUAAGACACGAGAAAGCAUAAACAAUAGGACGCUCAUUUCAAAACUAAAUUGUUCCUCUAUUCAUGUUCAGCUAAGCCGGAAUUUUAUGGGCAUUUUAUUUGAAAAAAUAACAUAUAAUUCUUUUGAUAAUAUUUAUAAGAACAAGUAAAGACUUUCAGGAAAAAUAUUUAGAUUAAGAAAUUUGCCAAAUAUUUUUUUCAAUAGAUGUUACUCGUUACUGUAAUAGAUCAAAAUUUCUGUCUUAGAUGAUUGUUUUGAAUCCUCAAUUUACAAGUUAGGUGCUCGAACUUUAUGUUGGUUUUCUAUCCCCCCAUUAUCUACUUUUCAGCAAGUCAGUCCGUGUAUGGUAGUAGAAUUAAUACAACGUUUCUCGGAAAUGGAAAGAGAUACGCUAAAAAAUACAACAUUUUGUAAUUCAUAUCGAAAAUUGUAUAUUAGUAUAUCAGUUAUAAUAAUAAGUAAGUGAAUUGAGAAAAUUCAUCAAUUAAAAAAAAAGUGUUAAUAAUUUGAAGGAAAAUGUAAAAAGGGAGAGUCGGGUUAGCGACGGCCAACUACUGUGAAUAACUCUGCCCGCCGGUACGUGACGAAUAAAAAAGGACCAUUAUAUUACCGUCGCAUCAAUCAUUAAAGGAUCUCUAAAAGGACUUUGAAAAGGAUCCAAAUCUCUCUGACUAUCUCUUAGACUAUAUCAUCCAAAUCCAAUCUGCAGAUAGUCUCAAACCGGCUAGGCUGUUUCGCCUGAAAAUACUCUGAGAUUUAUAUUGGUAGGGUAGCAAUAGGUAGUCAACAUCCUCAACAGAAAUAACGUGGGUGAGCAUAAACCAGAAUAUCAAUAACUAUUUAUAGGAAUUUGCACCAUAAGAUUCAGCUUCGAACUGGAGAGCAUCAUCUAGCAGUACAAAAACCCUGUUCAAAAAUAUUUGAAGAUGUUAAAAUCGAUCACAAAACUGAUUUCGGCUGUUGAAAUAGCUACCAUCAAAUUAAAACUAGAAAAACAGUCUCUUCUUCAUCAAAUUCCUACGAAAGAUGUGGAUGAUCAAGAGAUGAUGGAAGCUGAAGGCGUAGUGUGACAGGGUAAAUUUUACCUGUGCCUAAUGAUCGGAUGACUUCGUUCCAAAAAUUUAUUCAGUUCUUCCGCCUCUUGUUUAUGGGUUUCGAAUGGUGAAAGUCAUUGAGAGAAAUAAUUCCACUCAAACCAACCGGGUUAUUUUAUUGACCAAAUGUUCCUUCGGUUUUGCCGGCAGAAUAGUCCUUUUCCCCUUCCAGCAAGAUGGCGGCCGUCCAUGAUCCAGGACACAGCGAUUGACGGAGGACGUCGAGCCACGUGAUGCGGCGUUCUGAGUGGCGCAACGGCAACCGGGCCACCAAGUGUACCUUUAUAGCAGGCAAAUGCGCGUUACAAUACUCUCGCUCCUAACCUACUGACGAACAAAAAUAUGAGACGAGCCCAACUGAUUUUGCGUAAGUUGAAACACGAAGGCGUAAGCCCAUUAUUUGUAUUCUGGCGGAGAGUUUUCGCGAUCUAUUAUUAAAUGUUGUAGUGUGUGAUUCCGCCAAAACGCUCAGCCAAUCCUCUAAGUUCAGUGCCGAUUGCGUAAUCAAAAUAAUACUUUUGAAAUGUGUUCUUUAGAAUUUUGUCAGAAUUUUAGCGCAGUCUGCCUUUUAAUUGAGAGGUGAGAAGUAGAAAGUUGGACUUCUUGGUUCUCAUACCUCAAAUAAUAAUUGAAUUCGUGAGUGCUUAGUAUUUUCCUCCUUUUUUUCUUUAUGUGAAAAUUUUAGAGUUAUCGGAAAUAAUGGGUUUAAACUGUUCGCGUCGAAAUUCGUGGUCGGUGCUAGUUUGUAAAUUUUGAUCUGUGGGAACCUACCACGAAUCCUUUUAACGUGGGAAGAUUGGGAUAACAGAUUUGCUUCGUGAGUUUUUUUUCCCCAUUAUUUAACCGCAUGAAAUUUUAGGUUGGAACAGAAUUUUAAACACGUAUCAAUUGUCAUCUCGAAAAUGGCGUCGGCACGCGUCGAUCUUGUGCUUCACUUUGGAUUUACAUACGUGUAAAGUUUAUGUUAGGAGAGUUAGAUUUAUUGUAAUCGACGAUCUUUAAGUUGUAUGUCAAGUAUGGCUCCGAUAAGAGUCGGUAUGACGUGUCCAUAGGAGUGGUCAAGCCACAAAUUAUUUAUAGGUGAGGAAAUACUCUUUUCCAGAGAACUUACAUUUCUGGACAAGUGGAUUUUAUUUUAGGAUUUUAAAAAAAUGUAGGAUUGAAAAUACUCUAACCUGGUGAAAUUUUUUUAUUGAAGUUAAGUGAAACUUCUUUAACACCUUUCCUUUUAUCUAAAACUUUGGUUUCUUUUUUUUCAUGCAACUAUCUCAAGCAUAUACGGUUUUCUGUAAGUAGAUUUUCACCGGGUGAAAAAUCUUCUUACAAUAGGUGCUAGGGAUAAUAAAGAUCAAGCACUGAAUACACUAGAAUUACGUCUUGAAAUUAGCGUCGCCGUUGAUGUAAAUAGCAAAAUCACAGAAAAACUACAAUACUUUGAGAGGAAUUUUGGUCGUGCUAUAUUAGAGUUGCAGUCAAUUAUCAACAAAUGUGGUUGUGUGCCAUUGCAAAGAAAAUACGGUAAUAACUAUAUAUUUCUUGUGUCGCUAAGACCGAAUAUAGUAUCAGAUUCGCUCAUUACUUAAGUUUUUUCUUAGAAAAUUAGCUCUUUUGUUUAGAAAAUAAAUUUAGAAAAUGAAAUGUCUAUUCGGUAAAAACAAUCGAGUUUUCUUCCAAAUAAUUUGAACGAGAAAUAUAGAUAAUGUGUAAGUUGCAAUUUCUUUAGAAACAGUUUAUAUUUGUGUAAAAUCAUAAAUGUUCUACACAAUGUACGUUUAUACAAAUAUUUAACUUCAAAAAAUGCAUCGUUCAUGAGACAGUAUCUGCCAGCGAAUAAAUAUGUUAUUUUCGGAGGAAA